GAGGUUAUGCUUUAAUUUUGAAGGACCUGGGCCGGAAGUGUUACUGCGGCUGGACUGAGAGAACACGGGAAGCUAACGUUAUCACUUUAUCGCACCUAGUUUCUCUCAGAUUAACAUAACAUUUCAGAUUAAGGUGAACUACAUUCGUGACGGUGUCUUACAAUGAUCAUCCCUGUCCGGUGCUUCACGUGUGGGAAGAUCGUGGGUAACAAGUGGGAGGCAUAUCUCGGCCUACUUCAAGCAGAGUACACUGAGGGUGAUGCCCUUGAUGCCCUGGGCCUGAAGAGAUACUGUUGUCGGAGGAUGCUCCUUUCUCACGUGGAUCUUAUUGAGAAAUUGUUGAAUUAUGCUCCACUGGAGAAGUGAUUAGCCACCUUCAAGAACUGCACGGACCUCGUGGGGCUGUGGCAUGGAACCAUUCAAUUUCCAUGCCACAGCUCUGUUAUUAUACUGAUGUGACAACAAAUGCCGACUACAGUGAAGACAUUUGGAACAUUCAUUUGUGAUUCAAUGUUUUUUUUUUUUUAAAUAAAGCUGUUAAAUGACA